GGCCCGGCUGCGGACAUGCGCAGUGUGCCGUCACUGGCUGGCUGGUUGCGCUGCGACUCCACCCCUCCUGCAGACGAAGGCAUGGCGAGCACCGAGGCUAGAAGAGAGUGUGAGACAGAGGGCUGCAGCAAGGACGCUAAACUCCAGUGCCCUACCUGUAUCAAGCUUGGUAUUCAAGGCUCAUACUUCUGUUCACAGGAAUGUUUCAAAGGGAGCUGGGUGUCUCACAAGUUGCUGCACAAAAAAGCAAAAGAGGACCAGAACCAGAAUGAAUCCAAGAACUGUGUGGAGAAGGACAUCAACACAGACCCAUGGCCGGGCUACCGUUACACUGGAAAACUACGCCCUUACUACCCCCUGACUCCUAUGAGGCCUGUGCCAAGUGACAUCCAAAGACCUGACUACUCCGAUCAUCCCAGAGGGAUAUCUGAGUCUGAGCAGUUUCUGAAGGGGACUUCACAAAUCAAGGUCCUUUCUCCUGAAGACAUUGAGGGGAUGAGAGUAGUGUGUGAGCUGGCACGAGAAGUCCUGGACAUUGCAGCAUUGAUGGUGAAACCAGGUGUUACAACAGAAGAAAUCGACCACGCUGUGCAUCUGGCUUGUACAGCAAGAAACUGCUACCCUUCACCUCUCAACUACUACAACUUCCCCAAGUCCUGCUGCACAUCUGUCAAUGAAGUCAUCUGCCACGGCAUCCCCGACAGAAGAGAACUACAAGACGGGGACAUCCUCAAUGUGGACAUCACUAUAUACCACAAUGGUUUCCAUGGGGACCUCAAUGAAACCUUCUUUGUUGGGGACGUGGAGGAAGAAGCAAAGAAACUGGUUCUGACUACAUAUGAAUGCCUUAUGCAAUCCAUCGACUCCGUGAAGCCUGGUAUUCGCUACAGAGAAUUAGGAAACAUCAUUCAAAAACACGCUCAGGCCAAUGGCUACUCUGUGGUGCGCAGCUACUGCGGCCACGGCAUCCACAGACUUUUCCACACUGCUCCAAAUGUGCCACAUUAUGCCAAAAACAAAGCAGUUGGAGUCAUGAAGCCUGGCCAUGUGUUCACCAUUGAGCCCAUGAUAUGUGAAGGUGGCUGGCAAGAUGAGACGUGGCCUGACGGAUGGACAGCGGUGACCAGAGACGGGAAGCGGUCAGCUCAGUUCGAACACACCCUGCUAGUGACGGAGACCGGCUGUGAGAUCCUCACCCGCCGCAUGGAGGAAAACGGCCGAGCUCAUUUCCUCAGCCAAAUGUAGGCUAGAGCUACACCAAGGACUGGACUUCACAGACACAGACGACCCAGCACACCUGGGUCUCAGACACACACACACACACAUUCACACAGAAACACAGAAACACACACACACACACGCACACACACACAGACACACAGACACACAAGAGGCCCCACUCCUAGAGCUCAAGCUCUCAUUGUUCUUUGAAUUAAAUAUCGGUUCCUCAAAUGAAAUGGAAGUACUUGAAUGUGUCUUACAUGAAACACAGAUCACUUUUUUUAGCGAAAUCUAUAUCCUCUGAAGGAAAUCUGAAAGUAUUUAUUAGGUUCUGGCUUUGCUUAGUGGUUGGGCUUGAAAUCAGGCCUGUUUUGACCUCUGGUUGAUGUCGACCAGAAAGUCUACCAGCUGGUUAGUCGUUGUCUGUGGUGUGUGGAGCUCAGGGCAAAUCCAACUAGCAUGCCGUGCUUCGCUUCUUUUCUCUCAGCCUCUGCUAACCUAAUUAGACUUUAUUAAAUAUAUCCCAGAGAUGAAUGAAAAGAACUAGCAAGUCUAGAGACCAAGGGAGCAUUCCUAGAAACUGGGUCAACAAGUCUCACAACAGUGACAACUAGCCACUCAAAACAAACAUUUAAAAUGUGGAGCAUAAUAGAAGGCUAAAAAAUGAACCUGCAUUCUAAGUUUACAAAUCAUCCACCAGCAGCUUCUUGAAUUCUUACACAGCAAAAGAGUUAAAAGGCAGCAAUUCAAGGGAGUUGUUUGGUGAUUCUGGAAAUAUGCUUGGAUGAAAAAAUGUGUAAAAGAUAAGAAACACUGUCAUAUUGCUCCCUUCAGUUUGAUGCUUCAUUCACUAGAUUGUUUGCUUGGCAAGAGGGGAGCAGUCAAAAUGUCAAUAGUUGACAUGGAAUAUGUAAUUUGUUUAUUAAGUACAAAAAAUUAACAGCAUAAAGGACAAUAUUAGUUCAAAGGAACAAGAUAAAUAGCACAUAAAGAAAUCUAAUGAGGUUCUGAUAGUUGGUUUUGGACACAGCCUGGCUAGCUUUCUUUAAUUAGAAAAAGAAAAAAGGCAAAGCUUGGAUGAUCCUCUCCUUGCUGAAGCUUUAUAUUUAAAGGUCAAGCAAUUAAGAGCAAUGGGUCCAUAGGCAAGAGUUUUCAGGAGACCUAGCAUAACAUACUCAGUUAUUUAAUAGGUAUAUCAAAUUAAAAAGUGAUCAUUUGUUAGAACAAGCAGGGAGUGGAAAUGUAUUGUAACAUGGCCUUUAACAUUGUAGUAGUUUUGCAGCCACCACAGACAGGGGACGUGGUUAGCUGUUAGCUGCAAACUAUAACUUCACCACUAGGUGCCUCUAAAUCCUACACUGCUCUUCUAAUCCACAGAGAGCCAUAUGAACCUUUUUAUCCAACUUCAAAAGCAAAAUUAGGGAAAUUAUCAAAUUGUGAAUUGGUAUGUAAACAUGCAAUGUUUCACUGUCUUAUUUAUGUGUUGAUGUAGUGUAAUAUCCUGAUACCUAAACAGUUUCACGUAGUGGAUGUUAGACAUGACUAACGGGGAUUGUGUUUAAACCACAGAACAUCUACACAGGUUAAGAUUAUAAACAUGCUGAGCUUGUUAAUCCUGCUUUGAGGAAUACUCUCUAAGUCUCUCCUGUUUACUAAAAGCCCUGGUGUAGCAAAGUGAGCCUUACGUGUGAAUCUAGAAAUUUAAACCCUGCCAGGUAUAAUUAAGGCACAUUAAGUCAACAGUCACAAAAGUACGCUGAUGUGGGGAUUGUCCUGGUGCAAGCAGCAUUCAUUUCUACAUUUUCAGAGGACUUAUGUGAUUGCAGUUUCUCUGCCAUCUUUGUAUUUCUUCUAAUGGAGUAAUAAAUGACUCUUCUGUAUCUGUGUGUGAGUUUGCCCUUCAAUAGAUUGGGAAUCUGUAUCCCAAAAGUGUUUCAUUUCAAAAUGUGUCAAUGGAAAUCACUUUUAGUAUGUGCUGAAUUUGAUGUCUGGUUUUUACUCCAUUUUUUUAUUUAGGCUGCACUAAUGUGAUUACAUGAGUAAACAUGUCAGUUGAUAAAGA